AUGGAAAAGAUGAGACCAAAGAUUAGGAACCGAUUCAUCAAUGAUUUGGUCAAUAAUCGACUCAAACGUCAAAACAAUUAUUACGUCAAAGACAGCGAAAUACGGGUCAAGAAAACCAUUACUGCCGUCAAUAGAGUCACACAUCGCGUGAGUCGUGUGUCUGACCACUGGUCACGACCGCAACCCCACCGCCCAAGACAUGGCUCACCCGACUAUUACGACCGCCAUUACGGCCGACACCACACCGCCGAUGACCGCAGUGUCGAUCGCCACUCCUCUGGCCUCCAAUAUCUGCGGCGAAUGACAAUCGAGGAGAAGAUGGUUGGACUCAACGGAUCCGAACGACGCCAUUAUGUUGACAGCUAUCGUCCAACGCAUCCAAUGAGCACUCCAUCGCUUCCGAUGACAAAUCGAUCACAAACUCCUCAAACGGCGCCCAACAGAUCCCAAAGCAAUCUUUUCGGUGAUAUAUUUGACACGAAGUCGUUUGUCAAUCCAUUUGAUACACAGAGUGUGUCUUGUGGUGAGUCUGGCAUUGAAUUCAAUGAAUGUGAUCCACAAAUGAACGAAUCGAUUGAUCCAUUGAACGAUGGAUUGGAUACCAAUUCAAUGAAUUUGAAUGAAAUACCAAUUGAACACCAAUUGAUGGAUCAGUUUUGUGUUCAAUACAAAGAAGUCUUCGAUAACGUUAUGGAAAGCUAUUCAAUUGAAGGCAAAGAAUGGGCCCAAAGGAUAGACCCAUUAAGAGGUGAUCUCGUCAACAAUCUGUGCCAACAAUUCAAACAUUUCAUUGUCACCAAUGGAUCACCACUUAAUCGAAACUGGAUUUUAAAUGCCAUUGAUCUUAGGCUUGAAACCAAUGAACAUUGCGAUCAAAACAUUCAAUUCAAUACACAAUUCAUUAAUUAA